AUGGAUACAAGUUGCACGGAUGAUCAAAGCACAACCACCGAAACCAUCUCCACCGUUGCACCAAGGGUUGCCACCCCACGGCAGCCGCCUGUGGAGACUAGCCUCUGCCGCGUCGGAAGCGGAGCUAGCGUGAUUCUUGACCCAGAAGGAGGGGUGGAAGCACAGUCGAGGAAGCUGCCAUCUUCAAGAUACAAAGGAGUCGUCCCACAGCCGAAUGGUCGUUGGGGAGCUCAGAUUUAUGAGAAACACCAAAGGGUAUGGCUUGGCACGUUUAACGAGGAAGAUGAAGCUGCCAUGGCGUAUGACGUCGCCGUACAACGGUAUCGUGGCCGAGACGCCGUCACAAACCUCAAGCCACUUGAAGCCGACACAAAAGAAGCGAGCUUGGAAGCGAGUUUCUUGAGCCGUCAUUCGAAAGCCGAGAUCGUUGAUAUGCUGAGAAAACACACUUAUAAUGACGAACUGGAGCAAAGCAAAAGAAACUGCAGCAUCGAUAAACCCAUUUCGGGGGCCGGGUUAAGUAGUUCAUCCGGGUCGGGUUCCGUCAUACCACGUGAACAACUCUUCCAAAAGACAGUCACCCCUAGCGAUGUCGGCAAACUGAACCGGCUCGUGAUACCCAAACAACACGCAGAAAAACAUUUCCCGGUUCAGAGAGGAAGUACUUCAAAAGGAGUUCUUUUACAUUUCGAAGAUAAUGAUUCAAAAGUAUGGAGAUUUCGUUAUUCUUACUGGAACAGCAGCCAGAGCUACGUUUUAACCAAAGGGUGGAGCCGGUUUGUCAAAGAGAAAAACUUAAACGCCGGUGAUAGUGUCAGCUUUCAGAGAUCAACUGGACUGGAAAAGCAGCUGUACAUAGACUGGAAAGCAAAAACCGGGUUGGAUAAUACCAACACACAGCCUAUCCAACCGGUCAAACUUGUCAAACCGGUUCAGAUGUUAAGAUUAUUCGGAGUUAACAUUCCGAGUAUCAUUAAUUGCAAUGGCAAGAGAAGCCAUGACACAGAAAUGGAUUUAUUAGGGUUUGAGGAUUGUAAGAAACAAAGACUUAUCGAUGCAUUGUAA